AUGGACCCCCUUCAAUUGCUCUAUCGAAAUCCCUCCGACAAUGGCAAUGAAGAUGGAUCAAGAGAUGAAGCAGGAGCAGAAUCAAGAGGCAACACAAGAGCAAGGGCUGAGGGCCUCUGUGAGUUUGAGCAGCCAAGAAAAGAACCUUAUUGUGCAGUUCCUUCAACAGCAAUGCCGUGUUGGAGCACGGCAUUUGAAAAUGGGGAGCUUGUUGUCAUGACAUGCAAAGCAUCAGGAUAUAGUAAGAAAAAAGGUAAAGUAAUUCUUGAUGAAGAUAAGUUUAGACACUUGUCUGUGCUUGAGAGAUCAUCAAUAAGAAAAGUUGCUAUUAAGAUGAAAGUUAUCAAGUCCACAGUUGGUAUAUGGGUGAAGGAUAACCAGAUAAGACCACAUACAAAUGUCAUAAAGCUAGCAUUCACUGAAGCAAACAAAAUUGCUAGAAUGAGAUGGUGUCUUACUCAUAUUCAACCAACUAUAGCUGAAGGUAAGCUUCUUUAUCAUGCAAUGCACAACACAGUUCAUACCGUUGAGAAAUGGUUCUACAUGACAAAGGCUUCAGAUAGAUACUACAUGUUGCCGGAUGAGGAUGAGUCUUACAGGUCUUGUAAGUCAAAAAGAUUCAUCACUAAAGUGAUGUUCAUGUGUGCUGUAAGUAGGCCACAAUUUGGCAAUGUUGGGCUGUCCAUCUUUGAUGGUAAAAUAUGUAUAUUUCUAUUCACACAACAAAUUCGAGCCAAAAGGAAGUCAAUGAAUAGGCCAAGAAGGACACUUGAGACAAAGCCUAUCCCAUCAGUUCACAAGGAAGCCAUGAGAGAGUGUCUCUUGAAUCAGGCUAAGUGGCGACCCAAUGCAAGCAAGAAGAUAUAUAUCCAACAAGAUAAUGCCAAACCCCACCUGAAAUCCUAUGACUUACAAUUUGAGGCUCUUGCAAGUUCAGAUGGUUUUCAGUUCCAUCUAAUAAGCCAACAAGCCAACUCUCCAGACACCAAUGCAUUGGACCCUGGCUUUUUUAGGGCCAUACAAUCACUACAAGAUGACAAACAAGCCACCGAUAUAGAUGAAUUGUUGGGUAAUGUUUGGAGUUCUUUUGAGGAAAUCACACCACAAACUCUGAACAAUGUUUUCUUAACAUUGCAAAGUUGUUUCAGCAAGAUCCUAGAAGUCCAUGGGGGCAACAACUACAAAGUCUCCCACUUGAACAAAGAUAGGUUGAGUAGGACAGUGGGGCUUCCAACCUCACUUGAAGUUGAAGAGAAUGCAUUUUGGGUUAGGGUAACUAGGCUGCAUUACAGCUCUAUAAGCUGCAUUUUGUAUGAAUUCCAGGUGUAA